AUGUCGUCAAGUGAGCAAAAAGCACCGGAGACUGAAUAUAGACAAAGUUUUACCUGGAAUAAAGUAGUGCCAAAUCACCAUGAUCAAAUAAUUAAUGACAAAAAAAGUCUAACUGAAUACAACUCCGCAUAUUUAUGGCCAUCAGUACCAAAAAAAUCAGAUGCAASUGCUGKUGCAAGUGAUCCGUCAGUUAGUAUUGAACCACCGAUUGUGGCCAUAAAGUUGGACGCCGUUGACGCACCACUACCGACAACACCCAAAAAGUCGACCACAAUAUCUAAUUUCGGUGACGUUUUCGGUAAACCCGAUGUGUUAUUUUAUAAGGAGAAAAAAGUGAUCCCAAUUCGCGAAAAAAUCAAGAAAAAGACUGAAUAUAAUGCAAAAUUCAGACCAUUUUCAUCAUAUAUUUAUGUUACGGGCAAUGGUUUUAUUAAACCUAAAAAUUUGGACCAAUUGAGUGAUCAAAACAAAGGUAAAAAUUGGUACUCAGAAAUGGAAGAGAGAUCCAAACAGGCAAAUGACUUCAAAAUCAGAUCUCAAUUGGGACAUCCCGUGGCCAGCGAUUCAUUGGUAAAGAUCUAUUCUCAGGGAUCCCUUUGGAAUACCUAUCGCGCAGACCGUGCACUACAAGCACUGGCUUUGGCCACAACACAGAAGAUAAUUGAAGAGAAAAAAUUGGAGAGAAGUUAUACUUCAUUAAUAACUUCUAAAUUAACAGGAAACAGGAGAAUGAUAGGAUCAGCUCCGCCAUCACUCAAACGAGAUGUCCAACAUAUGAGUCCUAAUAUUUCAAAUCGAGUAAAAUCACCACAAAUCACAGCUAUUGCUUCAUCUAUUGAUAAAAAGUCCAAAAGUCCACUAAACGGUUCACCAAAAUCUGAAGGAAAGAUAUGGAUUAAACCAAAGUCUAAAACUCUGGAUACAAACGAAGAGACAAAAGUGUCGACACAACUAAUAGCAUCUGAUUCAACAGCCAGUCCAUCAAAAUCAUCGGAUGAAUUCACUUACUUUAAGCCAUCAUCACUACCAACAAGUAAACCAAAUAUACAACAAUUGCCUCUUGAAGACCAACUCUCAAACAAAUCACCAGAAGAUAAGAGGAUUGUCUCAAUACCUGAGUCUUGGAAAUCACCUGAAGAUAAAGCAAAUAAUAAGGAUAUUUUGGUUAAUAUUGAUAGCAAAUACACUUACGUUGAUUCAAAUAUAAAUAAUCCUAAGGCAACACAAAUAAGCGAUUUACCAAAAAGCGAUACAAAGUCCAAACCAACUGCCAAAGUACAGCCAUCACCCGCUUCGUCGACAAUAGCUGUCCAUCCCGUGGCUGACAAUGUGUCCAAUAUUGAAGACGAAGUGAAGAUCAUAAAACCCGGUGCGGAUAAAGCAAAGUCUGGUAAUGUCUUAAACAAAGCCAGACGUCGUUUGGACAACUUAUUCACAAAACAUAAAUAAAUAAUUAAUAAUUGAUUUCAAUUUAAUCAUAAUUUUAAACACAAUUUUUAAAACUCAAUCAUAA